AUGGCCUCUGCCUCCACCCCAAAGAUCGACGGUGCGACAUCCUGGCUGCUUUUCGAGGACGAAACCGCCGAGGCGCGCCUGUUGAUCCUGGUCUCCCAGGCUCUUGGCAUUCCCGUCGAUAAGAUACAGGCAAAUGAGUCGUUCAGGGACCUGGGAGGGAACGAGCUGAGUGCAACGGCGCUCUGGAGGGCUUGCAGAGCUGUUGGCAUGGAUGUAAAGGUCGACGAUAUUCUACGGUGCUCGACGCUCGCCGAGUUGCAAACAUGCAUCACCCCCUGCGCCCCGCAAACGCGAACUUCGAAAUCCGACGCCGUCGAGCCUGUCAUGAGCGCCCCCUUAGAGGUACACCGAGCGAACCGCCUGUCGAUAAUGCCCGAGCCGGAGGACGGACACCUUCCAACACACAGGGGACAGAGGACUGAUAUUGAGCAGGCGCUCGGAAUGCACUCGGAGGUUGGGAGGAUAGCAACAAUCCGUCCAAAGGCGGGCCUGCUCGAUGGGAAACUCGUCGCGCUUUUCACGCUGUCGAGCGGUCAGACGACUCGAGAGAGCCCGACCGCUAUCAACCUCAUACCGCAGUCGCACGCCCUUUUCGCAGGGACCCAGGUCGCCCAUCUCAAGAAGGUAGCCGAGACUGCACUCCCCUCCGACGCUAUGCCGGACGUGUGGAUUGUGCUCGAUGCCAUGCCGCUUACCGAUGCCGGCGAUGUUGAUGUACGGCGGCUACGAACGUGGGCCCAGAACAUGAACGAAGAUGUUUACCACCAGGCGAUGAGCCUAGAGCACCAAGAGGCACUCCAGCCACCGACGUCUGGCAUGGAAAAGUCGUUACAAAGGCUAGUGAGCAAAGUCUUGGAAGUGCCCCAGGGCCAAAUCGGGGUCAAUUUCUCGUUCUCUCAGCUGGGCGGCGACGAGAUGACGGCUAUGGAACUGGCCGCCCGGUGCAAGCACGAGUCCAUCUACAUCAACCCUUCAGAGGCUCUGGGUUCCAUGACGCUCUCGGAACUGGCCGCUAUCGCGGCAUCUCGCGGAGGUCUGGCCCACAAGUGGGACGAGGAGACAUCCGACUGCUUCGAUCUCUCCCCAAUGCAGCACCUCUAUUUCCAGACGGCCAUGGGCGGCGACCUGAGGCGGAGACCUGCCCUCGACGGAAGCUAUCGCUUCAAUCAGAGUUUGCUCUUGCGUCUCACAAAGCCAUUCUCCCUGGAGGAUAUUUCUGCUGCCAUUGAAGCGGUCGUGGGUCACCAUCCCAUGCUCAGGUCACGCUUCGGUCGGGGCUUGAAUGGAUGGGUGCAAAGAGUGCUACCCGAGGUUGCCGGCUCCUACACAUUGUGCCACAGCGCAAUCCGAUCGGAGCGGGAACUGGAGGACAUAAUCGAAAGGACACAGAUAUCGAUCAAUGUCGAGACCGGGCCGGUCUUCGCUGUCGACUACCUCACCACCGACGACGGGCAGCAACUUGUCUACCUGGCAGCACACCACCUUGUCGUCGACCUUUCCUCAUGGCGCACCAUCAUCCAUGACCUCGACGAACUGUUGGCGAAUGGGAGCCUGUUGUCGCAGAGAUCGAUGCCCUUCCACAAAUGGGUCGACCUUCAGAAGGCGGAUGCCCUGACUCCGGAUCCUAUGGCCCUCCUCCCCUUUACCCCUGAGUCAGGGGACUUUGCUUAUUGGGGUCUCCAAGACACGCCAAACACGUAUGGUGAUGCGGUCGAGGUUGGCUUCUCGCUUAGUCAAGAGCUUACCACGAUCCUCCAGACUUCUUGCAACCAAGUUUUCAAGACCGACUCCGUCGAGAUCUACCUCGCUGCUCUAAUGCUCUCCUUCGCUCAGACCUUCCAUGACAGGCCAGUGCCCGUGAUUUGGAACCAAGAGCACGGGAGAGACCCCUCAAAUCCUGACAUCGACAUCUCCGAGACUGUGGGCUGGUUCACAUCACUCUGUCCCGUCAGCCUGAAGAUCGAGACCACGGACGAUUUCAUCAAGGUGCUUCGUCAUCUCAAGGAUCAGCGGCGACAAAUACCUACACGCGGCGCGCAAUACUUCGCCUCACGAUUUUACCAUUACGACAAGGAGGACUUGGUAGCAAAGGAUUGGCCUUUCGAGAUCAUAUUCAGCCAUGCCGGCUCCUUGCAGCACCUGGAGCGCGACAAUGGGGUGAUGGAGCAGCUUGCGAUUCCUGGCCGGACUUUGGCGUCGAGAACGUCAGAUAUAGGGGCCAACGUUGGCCGCAUCGCCUUGUUCGAAGUCAGCGCCAUGGUUGACCAAGGAAGCGCCAAGAUCAAAUUCCUCUACCACCGCUCCUCCAAGGACCGGACGCGCAUUACGCAAUGGGUGCAUAACUACGAGCAUCUCCUUGUUGAGGCUGUCGGCAGGUUACAGUACCACCCGCAGGAGCUGACCAUUGCAGAUGUCCCGUACCUAGACGUGACCUACCAGGGGCUCGACAAGUUCAACAAGGAGCGCGUCACUAUGCUUAAACUCGCCAGCGUCCGCGACGUUGAGACCAUCUAUCCGGUCACCGCGGUCCAGCAGAGCAUCUUGCUCAGCCAGGCGCAGCGCCCAGACACGUGCUAUUUGCAUGCCAUCUACGAAUUUGCGUCGCCGAAUGGGGAUCCCAUCGACACCUCGCGUAUAUGCACAGCUUGGCAGCAGGUUACCAUGAGGCAUCCGGCGCUCCGAACCGUCUUCACCGAGAGCAUCAGCGAGACGGGCCUCUGGGACAUGGUCAUCAUCCGCCGGAUCUCUCCUGACAUGCUGUUCAUCGACACGGCGCCCGCAGAAGACCCUGUCUACGAGCUCAGCAAUCUGCCAAACCUGCGGCCAACCGAAGGCAAACCACUCCACAGGCUCACAGUCUGCAAGGCGCCUACAAGGACUCUUGUGAAGCUAGACAUUAGCACGGCCCUUUGCGAUUCCCUGAGCAUCCACCUCCUUCUCCACGAUUUACGGCGAGCCUAUGCCACGGAGCGAGCGAUCACUGAGGCGGAACACUUCUCUUACCCGCAUUACCUGCACUUCCUCAAGACCGUUCGGCAAGAGAGCAGCCUUGCGUACUGGCGAGAGACGCUCACUGACCUGACCCCAUGUCUGUUUCCCCGCCUCACCGUUCUGCCGGACGAACUGCGGUUUGUCAAUACAUUUGUCGAAUUAGACAUCACCUCGUACCAAUUGUCCGGCUUCGCCCGAACCCAAACGACAGCGGUUGAUGCUGUCCUCCGGCUCGCCUGGGGCCUGGUUCUGCGGUGCUUCACCGGCUCCAGCCGGGUGUGUUUCGGAUUCCAGACCGUAGGCCGGGACGACUCGAUACCCGGGAUGAGACAUGCCGUGGGCGCUUUCUCAAACACUGUCGCCUGCAGUUAUGAUCUUACAGCAUUCAGCCCAUUGAACACGGCACUGCAGAUGGUUGAAGGCCUACUCACCGCCAGUCUACCGCACCAACACUUCACUUUGGCCGAGCUUCAGCACAGGAUGGGCAUGAAGGGCGGGGAGCGCCUGUUCAACUCCUGCCUUACCUUCACGGAAGAGCCAGCAGGCCUCAACAGCAAGUUUACUACGCGGACAAACUUCGAGCUUAAACCAAUUUCCCUCCAACAGACCUUUGAUGUAGAUGUUGUGGUCAAUGCGCGCUUCUCGGCGGGGAAGUUGACCGUGGAUAUCGGCCAACGGCUAAUGUCCCCAGAACAGGCCAUCAACCUGGCCAACACAUUCAGUGGAGCUAUCCGCGCUAUCCUUUCGUUCCCCAACACCACCGUCGGCCUGGUUGACCUUUUCAGCGACCGAGAUUACGCUCAGAUACUCGCGUGGGAGGCUGAAUCGCCACCGCACGUUGAAGAGCAAGCGCAGUCCGUUGUCCACGACCUCAUCGCGCGCCAGGCCACCAUACAGCCGUCGUCUCAGGCUAUCUGCUCUUGGGAUGGCUUUCUCACAUAUCUCCAACUGGAAGAGGAGGCCACCAAGCUAGCGCAUCAUCUUGUGGACGCCGGUGUUGGGCCCCAUUCUGUUGUGCCGGUCGUGAUGGACAAGUGCAAGCUGGCGCCUGUUGCUAUGCUUGCUGUGCUGAAGUCCGGCGCCGCGUUUGUUCCCAUCGAUUCCCUGGAGCUCGGCAUGAUCCAGCCCAUCUUCGAGCGCCUCAACUCAAGGGUCGCCGUAUCUUCCGAACUUGCUGCCCCUGUUCUCACCAACCUCUUUGACCGAGUUGUCAUCGUGACGGACGAGCUGAUGAAUGUCCUCCCGCAAGGCCAAGGACCGUUCACCUCGAUGGCUGCGCCCACCGAUCCCGCUUGUGUUCUCUUCGUGCCGACAUCGUCGAGUGACACGAGGGGUGUUACCUUCAGUCACGCAGCUCUGUCAACCGCUCUCCUGGGACAAGGAACCGCAGCAAAAAUAUCCCCCCUUAGCCGUGUCAUGCAGCUGUCGUCGUUCAACGUGGAUAUCUGCAUCACCGAGAUCUUCACCACUCUCGCCCACGGCGGCUGUGUUUGUAUACCAUCUGCCACGGAGAGGCUGCAGGACUUUAGCGCUGCGGUUAACAGGAUGCAAGUCAACUGGUCGUAUAUGACACCGCUGUUGUCCAGGAAAGUGGACCCCAUUCUUGUUCCCACCCUGAAGAUUGUGUGCUUUCGGACCCGAGGGCUCGACGACGACACAUACAGCAUUUGGCACGGGAAGGUCAACGUCAUGCUGGCCUAUGGCUCCCCGGAUAUCUGCCCGCUGGGCAUUGCCUUCGUUGAGGCACUGGGUCCUCACCAUUUGAGGAGCAUUGGCCGGCCGUUUGCUGGCAGUCUAUUGAUUGUCAACCCCGAGGACCAUAAGAAGCGUGUCCCAGUUGGGGCAGUUGGCGAAUUGGUGGUCGAGGGUCCGACGCUGGGGUUCUCGUAUCCCAACAGGGAGUCCAGUCUGACCCCAUUGUCGCCCCUCGGGCCUGGCGCAGGAGGUGGAGCCCGUCACUUGAAGACGGGACAUCGGGCGAGGUACACUCAAGGGGGGUUGAUGGAGUUCAUUUCAAGCAAGCGAGAUGCAGUCGACCUCGACGGCAAGGCCGUCAACGUCACCGAGAUUGAGCAAUAUCUGCGCCGCUGCCUUGGGAAAGGCGUUGAUGUUGUUGUCGAGAAUGCCAUAUUCAGGGGCCACGCCAAGAACGACACUCUCUUGGCAGCCUUCAUUGAACUCGGCGACCGUUUCGAAAGCGGGGAGAGUCUUGCGUCGCUGAGUUCGGCAACCAAGCAGCAACUCGCCAUGGCGAAGCAACUGGUUGAGGUCGGCCUCAGGAACAAGUUCCCUCCCUCCAUGAUCCCGUCGGUCUUCAUACCAGUCAAACACCUGCCCGUCACUCCCUCCCUAAAAGUCAACCGACGCCGGCUGCAAAAGAUGAUUGCUGGCUUAAGCAAGGAGGAUCUUCUGGGCCUUGCUGCGCUGCCAAAAGGAGCCAAUUUGCAGCAUCUCAAACCAUUACCCCUAACGCAGAGUGAGGAGAAGAUGAGGGCCAUCUGGGCGAGGGUAUUAGGGAUCGAGGAAGCCAAGAUCUCGGCACUUGACAGCUUCUUCAGCCUUGGCGGCGAUGACAUUGUGGCUGCACACAUGGUUGCGGCGUGCAGGAAACAGGAUAUAUCCGUGUCCAUCGCUCAUAUCCUUCGAAAUGCGACACUAACAGAGCUCAGCAAGGCGGUCGUCACUGUUGACUCGCCACAAGUUACGCAAGACUCGUCCUCUCCGGCCCCCCCCACGGCAUCGCCGUCGCCAAUACACAUGCAUCCCAAUGCGAUCAAGCAUGUCUUCAUCGAGAAGGUGAUUGCCCCAAGAAUUGGAGUAGACGGCAGCAUGAUUGGUGACGCCGCCGAGGCAACCUCGGCCCAAAUUCGGUACGUCGAGACGGGCAUGCUUAGCGGUCGUCCCAACGUCAACUACUUGGUCUUCAAUUUUUCCGGGGCCGUAGAUUCGAGGAAGUUGGAGGAAGCCUGCAAAACUCUGGCUACUUUACAUCCUAUUCUCCGCACCGCUUUUGUCCCCUACAACCGCCGACUGUACCAGGCCGUUAUCAAGACUAGCAAAGUCGAGUUUCGGCGGCAUCAUUGCCCGACAUGGCGCCUUUCUACCAUGCUGGACAAGGUGAUCAGGAAGGAUCAAACGGGGCCCAUCAAGUUCGAAAUCCCGGUCACCAAGUUCAUGUUCCUCGAUGGCGGCAAGCAGUCGGUUCUAGUCUUGAGGCUAUCCAAGGCGCAGUACGACGAUCUGUCGGUGGCACUGUUGGUCAAAGACCUCAAGAGGCUGUACGAUGGCUCUCAGAAGCCUCCUCGUCGACCAUCCUUCUGCGACUUUGUGCGCGCCGCACAGGUGGCCAACUCUCACGGGGCAGAGGAGUAUUGGCGUGCAUUGCUGGAAGGCGCCGUCAUGACCCAGGUCGUCACCCACACACAGCCCUACCACGUGUCCACCAACGUCCAGACAAUCCGGAACCCUGCCAUCUCGCUUGCAUCACUCUCUAGCCUCGGGAUCUCAUUUGAGACGAUUCUCAAGGCCGCAUGGGCGAUGGUGCUUGCGAAUCUCUCGGCCUCUUCAGAUGUCGUCUUUGGCGAACUUAUUGACGGUCGACAUGUCAGACUUCCCGGCGGCCAUUCCGUUGCUGGCGUCAUGGGCCCUACAGUCAACGCUACUCCGGUCCGCGUGCAGUUCCCGGAUACGCCGCUCACUCCACUGAAUCUCCUCCAGUACAUCCAUGCGCAGCGCAUGUCCGGAAUUGCAUUUGAGAACCUGGGAACGCUGGCGAUCAUCGAAAAGUGCACGCCGUGGCCAUACUGGACUCGCUUCAGCACGCUAGUGCAGCAUCAGGACGAAGACACCGCCGUCAACCCCUCCGAGACCAAGUCGUUCCACCUCGGCGCUGCAGCAUGCAAGUUCACCAUCACCGAGUCAAGUGCGCAGGAUGUGCCCGAUCUUUUGGUUCGGUCUCUUGUACGCCAGGCAAACCGCAUUGAAAUCUCCAUCACGUUCUGUGCGGACCGGGUUACCGAGAAGUUUGCCGAACAUGCGCUUCGCAUGCUCUGCUCGACCAUCAGCCUGCUCAUCGGUGUCAACCUCACGCAGCCUAUCAUCCCGUGUGGCUAUCAGUACCGCGGCAUGAUCAAGAAGAUCCCAGUGCCGGCGAAGACUUCGGCGGACAACUUGAUCGGCGCUGACAGCGGCGUCAUAGGCACGCUGAGCAAGGACCACGUCAAGGCUGUCCAGACGAUCAUCUCGGACACUUGGACGUCGAUUCUGAAUCCCAGUGCGCUGGGAGUGCCGGAGUCGCAGAUCCACAAUGCGGCCUUCUUCGAUCUUUGGGGCAGCUUGAUCCCCGCCUCUCAGAUGAUGCAGCAGCUCAACCAGGAGCUGCGCCAGGUCAACGUGCCCGGAGCUGAUACCAAUUUUCAAGUUACUAUGGAGGAGAUCGUUGACAACCCAACAAUGCUAAAACAGUUUGAGCUCAUCGCUUCCAAGCUCAACAAGACGAGCAAGGAGGUACAGAAACCCAGAGACAAAGACAAAGAGAACAUCGGUGAAAAGAGCGGCGGCAAUUCGAAACCUGCCCAUAAGAGGAAACCAAGCAUGAACGUAUCAGUCCCGGCGCCCUCCUUUGGCAGCCGUCUGCGCCGAUUUGCCAGCACUGUCGCUCGGACUACCUCUCCGCCCACAAACAACGACAAUAACCGCAUGAACAUUGCCGCCACUCGACAACGGACUAAUUUCCAACCACCACCCACCCCGACCACGCCCGUCGCCAUCGGCAUUGCCUCAGCCAUGGUUGCCGACAUGUCCCCACUCUCCCCAAAGAUCGUCGGCAGCGUCAGCCCCGGCAUCUCGUCCACCUUCAGCACGCGCACCGUCUCAAGCAACGCCAGCCCGAACCUGACCGUCCCCAGCGCCCCGCCUCAACUCCCCAGUCUCCCGGCCUUCGAGCCCAUCGUUGAAGAAGCCGAGCCUUUUGACAACUCCAUCCCGCCCGCGCCCCUGUCCGCUCCGCUCCCAGUCAUGCGACAGGCCUCUCCGCAAGGGAUCGGCAUUUACCUUGCCGAACCAGAUAGCAUGACCGAGGGCAGUAGUGCAAGCAGCGGUACGAAUGCUAGCACCGAGAUGACGCUUGCUAUGACGUCGAGUAUGAGCAAUGUGCCUGGUGGACUCGGACGGGUGCCGGCCGAGAGGAGUGAAAUCAAAAACACCGAGCUAGAACGCGAGGGGUGGAGGGAUAGUAUGAUUAAGGACAGAGACGCCAACCGUGAUACCAUCGGUCCCUUGCCCUCGACUACUAUUACGCCAACGGGUGUGAGAACGGCCAGCGGGGUUGUGCAUUACGGCAGUAAGGUGCCUGCUAAUAUGCGGGUCGUGCUGCCGCCUCCGCCGAGUACGCCGUUGAUGAGAAUGGCUGGGGAGGAAGCGGGAAUGGAGGAGCUGGUUAGUCCGCUUAGUGCGGUCACGCUGACCCCGGGCAGUGCUGGCGGCGGAGGGAGGUUUCAGCCGCAUCAGCAUCGUCGGCAUGCGAGCGCCGGUGGUGGGUAUGGAGGGCAUGGAGGGGGAAAUGUCUCGGCUGUUUCGAGUCCUGGGACGCCAGGCAGGGGGCAGAGGUCUCCUUAA